GUUUUGACAUUGACAUCUAUCCAGGUAAAGCCUGGGCAGCUACUUAUGUACCGUGCAUUGAUUUUUGAAAAGAAAUUGACUUGCUCAUGGAUCUGGCUAAACAUGCUAUUCAGGACUACAACAAUACAGUAAAUGAUGAUUACAAGUACAAGGUCAUGUGGAUUGAAAAAGUGAACUAUUUUGUGGGUGAAGGUCGUGAAUUCCUUAUGACUGUUAAAGUUGAAAAUCUCACUCUGCGUACACCUAUAGAAACUUUUCAAAUCCAUGCAUAUAGGGGACGAAAUGAGGAGAAUGUUGCCCGUCUUUGCCGGAAAAAAUUCUUUAAGUUAAGUUUGAAUCGAGAAGAAGAUUCACCGGAGGCAAGAGAAGAGGCAGUUGAACUAUUGCUUUCUAAGUCUAGUACUAGUUAAGAACACUAUCAUAUGUAACUAAAGCGGUUAAUGUUGAUUGGCGUCUUUAUUAGCUGUAGAAGUAUUUGCAUAAAUAUAUUCAAUGGUCAAGCUCUCUUGGGAUGUCGGUAUUAGUAGUAGUCUAACUUUUAUGUAUCAGGUAAACUCUUUCUAUGUAUGUAUAAUUUGGUAUGUUAAAGUGGGAUCUGUUUCACUUGAAUGGUUAUAAUAUCUA